CAUAUAAACCAGUUAAAUUCUGCCCAGGCUUCAGUUCUGCACCCUGCUUGUAAAACCUUUGAGGCAGUAUUCAAACAUCCUGCAUUUAGCACACAAGUUCAAGCUGUUCUCUCUGCAUUUGAGGUUUGUGACAUGAAGCUCUUCAUUACACUUGCCUUAUGUACGGCAACUUUGAGUGCAUCAUGGGUGACCACUGCAGAUGCCAAGAUGUUAUCCAUCACCACAAUUAAGGAGGACCCAUACAUUAUGACCUCGGGCUCUGACUUGGAGGGAUACUGCAUAGACUUGAUAUCUGCACUCUCAAAGAUGCUCGGCUUUGAGUACAAUGUGCACCUGGUGAAGGACAACCGCUACGGCAGCGUGGAUGCCAGCGGCAACUGGCACGGCAUGAUUGGUGAAGUCAUCCGAGGAGAGGCUGAUCUGGCUGUGGCUCCGCUUACCCUCACUGCUGUCAGAGAGCAGUUUGUGGACAUGUCCACCCCCUUCAUGCAAACAGGAAUUGGGUUCAUCCUACGAAAAGACCUGGCCUUUGAAGAAAGACACUUUAGUGUCCUGUCACCCUUCUCCACCAACAUGUGGGUCGGCAUCCUUGUGGCAUUACUGUUGACAGGACUCUGCAUAUUUCUUGCUGCCAGGAUCAGUCCUGCUGAAUGGGCUGAACCAGACACAGAGAAACACGUCUUUACUUUGCUGCACAGCUUCUGGUACAUCAUGGGAGCACUUACCCUUCAAGGGGCUGGUCCUCACCCCAAGGCCUUGUCUGGACGUGUAAUCAGCACCACCUGGUGGGUGUUUGUUGUGAUCCUGCUGGCCUGCUAUUUUACCAGUUUCAACUCCAUGAUGCACUCCAACACCAAACAUGUUUCUAUCAAGAGCUUUGAAGAUCUCGCAAACCAAGAUGUAAUCGCUUAUGGAACUGUUGACGGUGGCUCCACAAUGAGCUUCUUUAAGAACUCAAAAAACAGUGUCUACAGGCGGAUCUACCAGCACAUGGAGCGUAAAAAGAGCUUUGUGGCAAACUUGGAAGAGGGCAUUCGCCGCUCCCAGGAAGAUAACUUUGCCUUCAUUGGUGAAGCGGUGUCAUUGGACCUAGCAGCGGCACGUCACUGUAAACUCACUCGUUCCCCGGAGGUCGUUGCUAUGCGAGGCUACUCAGUCGCAGCUCCACAGGGUGAGAACUAGAUGACCAUAGUGAAC